AUGCCUUGUCUCCGUAGUGCAAUGGUGCAAUGCGCUAGAUACACAUAGUGUAAAGAAAGAAAAAUAAGAGUAAACUCUCUUUCUGAGAACAAAAAAGACAACCGCUUAAAUUAAUUCUUUUUCCUUUCUUUCUAUGAGCAGAGGGAUCCUCUCUGGCUACGAGCUGCAUGGAUGAAUCGGACUGUUGGUAAUUUCAUGUAAAACAGCCUUCAGAAUGCGGAGUAUAAUGCGGGGCUGUUUAUAGCCGUGUGCGACGAGCAGCGACGAGCUCUCUUGGUGAAGUUACACGAAUAUGACAGUGCCGUCGCGUGACAAAAACUCCGCUGGUACUUGGUAGUAUGUCCGGAUUGCUCGGACCGUGUUAGAUCUCUCUCGGGAGUGUGUAUUAUUCUCGACGCGAGUGCACCAUUGAGAUUCGCGUGAAGGAGUGCGGCGUGUCUCUUAUGAGCGACGUAGCGAACGGCACGCGACGCGAAUCAUGGCGAAGGAUGAAGGAGACGACGUGCUGCCGGACAAGGACGCGGCGAAGGGAUUUUACGCCAAGUACGAGCCCAAGGAGAUCCUGGGAAGAGGAAUAUCUUCCACUGUGAGAAGAUGCAUAGAGAAGGAGACAGGAAUAGAGUAUGCGGCUAAAAUUAUAGACAUCAGCAACGAAACUAAUGAGGAUGGGCAUACUAUGAAGGAUGCCACGCUACAAGAAGUUCAAAUACUUCGUAGAGUGGCUGGACAUUCGUACAUCAUUGAAUUGCAUGAUGUAUUUGAAUCUAGUACAUUUAUAUUCUUAAUUUUUGAAUUGUGCAAGAAUGGAGAGUUGUUUGAUUAUCUCACGUCGGUUGUGACACUUUCUGAAAAGAAGACGCGUUAUAUUAUGAGACAAGUAUUUGAAGGGGUCCAACAUAUACAUAACCAAGGAAUAGUGCACAGAGAUUUAAAACCUGAGAAUAUAUUACUUGACGAUAAUUUGAAUGUAAAGAUAACAGACUUUGGAUUUGCCAAAAUAUUAAAGCAUGGAGAAAAAUUGGAAGAUCUUUGCGGUACACCUGGCUACCUGGCACCAGAAGUAUUAAAGUGUAACAUGUUCGAGAAUACAGAAGGUUAUGGAUUUGAAGUUGAUAUAUGGGCUUGUGGCGUGAUUAUGUUUACACUAUUAGUUGGCUGCCCUCCAUUUUGGCAUCGGAAACAAAUGGUUAUGCUUAGAAACAUAAUGGAGGGAAACUAUUCAUUCACUUCUCCCGAAUGGGCUGACAUAACAGAGGCUCCAAAAGAUUUAAUAAGGAAGUUGCUGGUUGUUGAUCCUAAGAGAAGAAUUUCUAUAAAGGAUGCGCUAGAACAUUCAUUCUUUCACACUGUUCUGUGGGAUCAAGACAUCGCUCCUCUAAAACGUUCUCUGUCUUCUAACUCGCGACGUCUGAGUAGGAUAUCUCAAUUAGCUUUGGAGUUGAAGGCGAAAUCGUUCAAUGCAAGAAAGAGAUUUCAAUUGGCAAUUAUUUGUGUGAGAGCUGUUAUUCGUAUUAAACGGCUUCAUAUCACGCCUGAACCACUUUCGACACAAGUAGCUUGUAUCGAUCCAUAUAGAAUAAAAAUUCUGCGAAAGGUAAUUGAUGGCUGCGCGUUUCGUGUCUAUGGACAUUGGGUAAAAAAGGGAGAGGGUCAGAAUCGCGCAGCACUUUUUGAAAAUACACCAAAGACAGAAUUAAAGCAUCUAUAUGUUAGUAAUUUAAGUAGAUAACUAUUACAGUUUUAGUUAAAUUUUACUGGUUUCGGAAUCUCGAUGGUCCUAACGAAAUAUUUCCCAGACAGAUGUAAUUGUAAAAUAUUCACAAGAGAAAUUUUUUCUGAGAUUAAAGUAAAAUGGUUAAAUAAUA